AUGCUAGAGUUUUACCUUAUUAUCCAUUUUCUUUUUGCAGUGUUACAAUUUCUCAUCGGGGUUUUAACAAACGGCAUCAUUGUGGUUGUGAACGGCACUGAGUUGAUCAAGCAGAGAAAGAUGAUUCCAUUGGCUCUCCUUCUUUCCUGCCUGGGGAUUUCCAAGAUUUGUCUGCAGUCGGUCAUCUUCCCCGUUAAUCUGGCUAUUGUCUCCUUGAUUGAAGUCCCUCUACUUGUUGAGAAUUUUGUAAUUUUCAUGUUUGUAAAGGAAUUGGGACUUUGGUUUGCCUCGUGGCUCCGUGUUUUCUACUGCGCCAGGAUUGCCCCCAUAGCUCACCCACUCUUCUUCUGGUUGAAGAUGAGGAUAUUGAAGUUGGUGUCAUGGCGGAUCCUCGGGUCCCUGCUGUAUGCUUCCAUCCCUCCUAUUUUCUACAACAAAUAUACAUGGGUUCUUUCCCAGCAACUCUUGUUGGGCUUUUUCUCCCCCAACGCAACAACUCAAAUCAAAGAAACAUCUGCUUUACAGACUGUCUUUCUUGUGAAGUUAUUAUUGCCGUUAUUUAUCUUCCUCGCUUCUGCCCUGCUCUUGGUAUUUUCCCUGGGGAGACACACCUGGCAGAUGAGAAGCGGCACCAGGGUCCCUAGCACAGGUGUCCAUGUGAGAUCGCUUCUGUCCGUUCUGUCCUUCCUGGUCUUUUGCCUCUCCCACUACAUGACAGCUGCUUUGCUCUCUUCUCAGAUUUUUAAGCUCAGGAGCCUCAAGUUCAUGUUCUGUAUCUGGGUGUUUGGGUCAUAUCCCUCUGGACACUCUACGAUCUUAAUUUUAGGAAAUCCUAAACUGAAGCAAAAUGCAAGGAAGCUCCUCCUCCAUGGGAAGUGCUACCAGUGA